AUGGUCCUUUGUUCUACUAUGAACACCAGUGCUGCUGAACUGGACCGUCGACGCAAAUACCAGCUGGGGCUCCGUCUCGGUGCUUUUCUUUUGGUAUCGACCAGCGCCUUCGUGUUCUUGUCCAUGUUACCGGUGCACAGGUACCUCGAGACCACAUCGAGGUGGGUGAAAGGUCAUUCUAUUUUGGGCACACUGGGGUUUAUUCUGGUGUUUUGGGUUGCCGUGCCACUCUGUCUCCCAUCUACAGCUCUGGAAAUGAUGGCAGGGUCACUAUUUGGCGUUUCAUUCGGCGUCUUGGCAAUCAUCGUCGGGAAGACGGGGGGAUCAACUCUGACGUUCCUUUUAGCCCGUGUUCUGGGCAAAGACGUGAUUGGCGAUUACUUACGUUCCAAGUUCCCCACGUUCCAAGCCUUGUCUGACGUGCUCAAUAGUAAAAGCUGGAAACCUGUACUCCUCUACCAGCUGUCCAGUAUUCCCAAUAUUGUCAAGAUUUACACGCUCGCGAUCACACCAGUGUCAACUGCACGGUUUGUAAUGUCUGCUGCUUUGGGGAGCAUUCCUCAUGCUAUAGUGUGGGCCUACAUUGGCUCCCAGGCGACUGAUAUUGCCGCUACGCUUACGGGCAAGACCGAGAUGUCUACAAGUCGGGUACUCGUCGUUGUCACUGGCAUCUCGCUGACAGCAUUGGCAAUGACGGUUCUAGUAGUGUACACGAAACGGCAGUUACAGGAGCUACAGAGGCGCGAGUGCCGUAGUGGCAGCGAGGAUGAAUUGAUACUGUCAAUCGGAACCGAUGAUGCAACAAUUGCCAGUGCAAAGGGUGGACGCGACCGUUAA